AUGGAAACCCCUAAUGUUGACGAAAGCGAACAAGAGUUAUUGAAUGUAUUACGGGAGUAUACGAUGUAUUUGGAGGAAGAGCCUUAUCACACACCUAAAAAUAUUUUCAAUCAUGAAUUAGCUAGAAUGUCAUUAGCUUCAUCUAUUAACACAAGCACAUCAUCUCAUCACAGUCCACCGACGUCAAUAAAUCUGAUACCAGAAAACCAUUAUUCGACCUUGAAAGUUACGAAACCCUACAAAAUGACGUCCUUCUUUCCAACUCAAACAAUAGGCCUGCCGUGCCACCAACCCCACCCGAUAAAACACAUUCACCCUAACGGCCAUGAAGAAAAAAACCCAGAUAUUGAAAUUCCAUUACACAACAAGCCGUCAUGGCUUUCCAUUCUCUUAGAAGGAGACUUAUGCGAUUAUCUCUUAACAGUGGGAUUGAUAGCAACUACAAUAUUUUUUAUAUUUGGUGUUUACAUGUUGUACAUUCAAUAA